AUGUCGCCGUUGCUGAAGGACUUCCUUAACAAGCGCAUUGUAGUGAUCACAACCGAGGGACAAUGCGUUUGCGCGACGCUGGAGGGCUUUGACAAUAGCACGAACUUGUUGAUCUCGCAGGUCAAAAACCGGGUUUCUGGCGAGAAGAUAGCGAGCUCUUACGUGCUGCGAGGCAACCAGGUCGUUUGUUGCGGACUUUUGGAAGAUUCUGCAAAUCCAGAGCUCGAUUUGGCUUCUCUAGGCGUCGCACCUCUCAAAGAUACCCGAAAUUACGUUCCUAACGAGCAUGUUGUGUGGCAGCACGUCUGGGCCAAAAAGCAGCAACAGACGUUGCACACGUCUUCAGACACAAACACAUAG